AUGAGCUCCCCAUCCGUCCAGGUUCAACAUCAACCCUCCGGCAGCACCAAACCUGUCUCACCCUCAUCCGCCGAAACGGGACCUGCCUCGAUGAAUUUCGACAUCGUCCGCUGCUCUCGCUGCCAGCGCUCCAUGAGUCUCGAGAAUGAAUCCUCCCCCGGCGUUGUUCGGUUCGGCAUGAACUCUUACUACUGUAGCCGCUGUGCAUCCAUGGUCGGGUUCAUCCGCUGA